AUGGUAGACGAGCUCAUGGGUCGGGACCGGGCAAAGGAAAUUCUCAAGCAGACGCUCUCGUUUGGAACGAUGAACUUGGAAACGUCAAGCUCUGCAGGGCCCAAGAACGAAGCCCGAUUUCUACCUUGCUACGGACGUCAACUGCGCGACAUCGGACGCGGUAGCUGCGGUAGCGUCUUCGAAGUCCCUGGGACCACCUUCGCCAUCAAGAAGGGUGCAAAUACUAAAGCCAUCUGGAAUGACUUCAAUUUGACCAAUCACGCCUACAAUUCCUACCUCACCUGGGCCGGCCUUCUCACCCACAGCUUCCCUGGGCGGCGAGUACCUCGGGUACCAGGGGCACAAUUCUUCAACGGGCCUGCCUCUACAGACUUCUGGGACGUGGCCUUGAAACAAUUCCCCAAGGGCGAUCGAACCAGAGCCGCCGCCUUUCACAUCGAUCGAAUCUUGCCAGUACCCCAACGAACACGAAUGGCUUUGGUUCGCGAAUUCUACCAAGACAGCAGGCGGACUCAGCAUAGCGUGCUUAGCAACCAAGCCAACAAAGACUGCUUGAUCCGCGUCUACCUGGGCAGUAACAACCCUUCGACCCAAGCCUAUGACGUUACAACCACACUCCGGAACUUCCCUCUCUACCUCGAUCAGGCCAAGCUGAUCGGCCUCGACAUCACCGCGUACGCUGAGGAGAUGGCAAUCGGGUUUGCAAUUUUACACUGGCAAGCGCAGAUUGAUGCUGCAGAUACAGAGUUCGUCAUCGGCAGUUCAACGAGCACUACCUUCCGCACCACAUACCCGGACCACGACGCCCGGCCGCCCCCUACUUCGACCGUGGACGAUUUCACACACAGAGAAACCCAGAUGUGGAUGCUGGAUUACGACAAAUGCACAAAGGUUGACCUCGACGCCAAAGAUGCCGCAUCAGCGGUAGUCAACAAGUACCUCGUUGCUGUUACGGGCAACGAUCCCUACUUCCCGCACCCACGCCUAGACAUUGAUCUGUGGCAGAGGUUCCGCACGGCAUACCUCAAAGCAAGCAAGAUGAUCAUCAGCAUUAUGAGCCCGAGACUGGGUGUGGACAAAUUCCCGGCAAUGUUGAUCGACAAGUGGGAGGAAUGGGGAAAGUCGGAUAUGGAAGCGAGCGAGUUCGAUCCGUUUGCGAGGGAUGGCGGCGGCGGUGAUGAGGAUGACGGGUGGGGAAGCGAUGGCUCUGAAGGGGAAAUCACGGACAGUGAUGAGGAGGAGGAGGAGGGGGGGACAGGAGGAGGAGAACUAGGAAGGGGAAGAAGAAGCAAAAGCAGAAGCAGUGAAGGAAGAAGAUGGGUCAGAGGUAGCCACCCGAGAUAA